CCAAAUUCAUCAAACAAAAAACUCGGAAAUCCUCUGUGAACUUCUUGCUAUCCGUUAUGUCGUCGAUAUGGACGUGCAACAUUUGCUACAUAUCCAUGCCAAUUGCUGACGGCCCGUACCACCUUGUCGAGGACGACCACAUAAAACGCCUAAUUACCCGCCUCUCCGACAAUACUAUACGUCUAGUCAAUAACGGCAUAACGAAUUCAUUCACAACUUAUGGCCUGACAGAAGAGGACCCGAUCGAUCGGUUCUUCGAGUCCUUUUCCUCAUUCAAAUACGACUCUUCCCUGCCACCCUCUACGUCCUACAAACAUCUACAAAAGCACCUGAACUGGCUUCCGGGAAGUCCAGAAAGCAACGAAAUUUGGGAAACAUACCAAAGCGCUCUUAGGCAAGAAUUUGACCUCUGGUACGGUGCGGAAGAUGACCUAACGGCGUGGCACUCUUUAUGUCGUGCUAUAGGGAUCAAUCCGCUCCCAACGACAUGUAAGAGAUGUAAGAAGGCUGUGCGUAAUUGUCACAUCAAUAUGAUUGACUUGAUCCAUUGGGGGCGGAGUGGGGGAGAGGCAAACGGCAAGCGAGUCCGGAUCUUUCGAACGGUACGAGAACUGAGCGUAUAUAGUCGACAAAGUGGCAGGAUUUUCAAAAACACGUUCCACAAGGAUUCGGAGGAAGGUGGUGUGGUCCUUAGACAUCUUCUCAGGCACCUGUUCCCUCCUAGAGCUACUAAACACGUAUCUAUCUAGCCGAGUAUAUCGGCUAUACCGGGGAGCUCCUAAGACAACACUUUUCUAGUACAUUCACCAUUUUGUAUAGCCUCCUUUUGCAUUUAUCACAGCUUGACAGCGUUCAUUCAUAUUCCCGACAUACCUAGCAGUAUUAGAUAGUUCUAACGCUGCCCAUUCUAUUUCGACACAUUGCCUUAGCUCUGCAAGGGUUCGCGCAAGUCUCUUGGCGUUAGACUUGACAGUAUUGCGGCCAAGAGCAAGCAAGAUAUGUCGUUGCCAGUUGGCUUGGCGUUUCGGCCAGCUGUUUGGUGGGGUUAAGCCAAGUCUACCACGUGACUUGUGCGCAGAGGCUCAAUAAAUGUUUCAUGCCCUUCCU